AAAACACGACCCCACAAAUCAGCUGUGAGAGGUGCUUGUCAAAAAAAAACUCACAGCAGGCAACGAACUUCACAUAAGAGCAAAUUUUCAGCCUUUCUUUAUUUUGGAAACGCCAGAAUGCUGACGAAUUGUGCCUCCAAGACGCUGGCCGCUGUGCGUGCCAAUAUCCGGGCAAUUGCCACCAGCAGUGCCCGGGCCAGCGACAAUCUCUUCGUGCAUCGCGACACGCCGGAGGAUAAUCCCAACAUCCCGUUCGAGUUUACGGCGGAGAACAAGAAGCGCGUGGAGGCCAUACUCAGCAUCUAUCCGGAGGGUCACAAGCGCGGCGCCAUGAUCCCGCUGCUCGAUCUUGCUCAGCGCCAAUACGGCUGGCUGCCGAUCUCCGCCAUGCACAAGGUGGCCGAGAUCCUCCAGCUGCCCAACAUGCGCGUCUACGAGGUGGCCACUUUUUAUACGAUGUUCUUGCGCAAACCAACCGGCAAGUAUCACAUCCAGGUGUGCACCACCACGCCCUGCUGGCUGCGCGGUUCCGACGACAUCCUGGAGACCUGCAAGAAGCAGCUGGGCAUCGGCGUUGGCGACACCACCAAGGACAGGAAGUUCACCAUCUCGGAGGUCGAAUGCUUGGGCGCCUGCGUCAAUGCCCCUAUGGUGGCGAUCAACGAUGACUACUAUGAGGAUCUGACGGCCAAGGACAUGCAGGACAUCCUAAACGACCUGAAGGCGGAUAAAAUUUCGCCCCCUGGCCCACGAAACGGUCGCUUUGCCAGCGAGCCAAAGGGCGAGCCCACUUCCUUGAGUGAGGAGCCCAAGGGACCUGGUUUCGGACUGCAGGCCGGCCUUUAGAGGAUUAGCAAUGGAGCAGCACCUAUCACUGAUUGUCGAACGAAAGUUAAAUAAAUGUUAAGCAACUCUUAGAGGUCA